UCUUCCCUUCCCUGACCAAAAUCGCUUAGCAUAAUCCGUUGGACGGUUCGUGGCGCAAAAGAGCGCAAGAGAGGCCGGAACGAGGAACGAACGUGUUCUAUAGGUUAGAAAAGGCGAGGAUACGUACGCACGACGGAGACGAAACGACGGUGAGUGCGCGCCAUUUUUACUGCGCAUCCAUGUCCGCGCACCAAUCAGAUUUAAAUUCGUGAGGCCGAUGGAAGGGUCACAUCGGACCUCGUGGCUCGACGAAAUGGUGGGUUCGAGACCAAGCUUCGCUGCCUUGAAGACUCCAAGAUUCAACCAGAAGGAGUCUGGCCGUCGAGCGGUGAAGACCUGAAACUUGAAUCCGGUUAUCUAGUUCGGUGCUUGUGACUCGGUGACGAAUUCUCGAGGAAAGCUGACAGAAAAAUUGACGGAAAUCAAUCGGAGCAUCUGAAAAGCGAUUCGCCAGGAACCGUCGGACACGAGGAAGCGAAAAAAAUCUAGGAAUCGCACUUCCGUUCUCGCCUCCAACGUGUUCGAGUGUCGUGCGGAGGAAAUUCGUCGCGCCAAGACGACAUUUUUCCUGAGAAUUUGCUUCUUUUGCCACGUUGCUCGCUCAACUUGACGAAAUAGAAGAAGUUUUCGAGAUGCUGGCAGCUUCGAUCUGUCGCGAAGUUCACUUCACGGUGUUGUCCAGCACGACCAUGGCCUCGCGCGUACCACGUUGUCUGUUCGGCAAACCAAACUCCAGGGAGACAGUGGAAAUGCUCCAAGAGGCUCUGGACAUGGAGAGAAGCAAGUUCGCGAAGAGAUGGGGUGUCGAUCCGCGUUCCGAGGAUAAAGAGAAUAAUUAUCAGAGAAAGCAUCACGACAAGCACGAGCCGUCGCCCAAGAAACGAAGCAAUCCGUACUCCAGACAGACCAGUAUUCACGAUUACUGGCGAGCCCGAAAAGUGUGCGACUCGAAUAAGAAGCCCCUCGUGUCAUCGUUGGAUGCCUCGAAGCAACAGAACGAAGUUUCGAAAACGACAAAGGCAGUGCCAACGACGACAAUGAAGUCAUCGAAAAAGGCGUCGCAAAACUGAGGAAAGAACGGAGCUCGCUUGUUUACGGCUGCUGUCUCGCGCCAUAGAAUUCUGUAUAUUUAUUUGUCGCAGUUCUUCCGUGAUAACCAACGUCAUCGCGAACUAGCCAAUCGUCGAUGAUGUUCUCGUUAGCGUUAAUUGCGAAUUGUUAACUAUAUUAUUUCUGUAAAUACCGCGUCGAGUAAUUUACGGAGGUUUGGACGAGCUCACUGUCACGGUCAGCGUAAUUACCUUUGGAUAGAUUUUCACGAUUAUCGAAGCAAAAAGAAACUCGGCUUUUCAACCUCGGCGAGACAGAAAAUUCUUUCGUCGUGGUGAAAACUCAAGGUUACCGGUUAACGUGUUUUAAUGGGGGGGGUUUGCGCUGGACAAAGGCCCGUUAAAAUACCAGUGAGCCGUCGAAAGCCUGAAUCGGUUGGUUCUUCGAUGAAGCAACAAUGCAGCGCCUCCAAAGAAUAAUCGAAUACGAAAAUGAAAUGUCCGCGCUCCUUGGUCUUGUCUUUGGAGAUGUUGGAUAACGUCCUAUGUAUAUCUGAGAUGUUAAGAUUACGCAAAACUCUAGUCAUCUAGUUGUUUAAGAGAAAUUGAAUAAUAAACGAUCGUGCUUUCAU